AUGGCCUUUGGUGAGCUUCAAGCCUGUGAGUCUACCCCGGGCUGGACCAUGCUCUCCCUCGAUUUCAAGAGUGCCUUCAACUACACCGACCGAGCACGGCUGCACGAGAUUGUGGCCGACAAGGUCCCUGGCCUCUUGCGCGCCUUUGAACGACACUAUGCUCGACCCACUACCCACUGCAUUGUCGACAAAUUCUUCAAGGUGAUUGACAUUGAUGUUGGCCAAGGCAUUGUGCAGGGCAACGAGCUAUCGCCCUUCUUCUUUGCCCUGUACUCCUGUGAGGUCCUGGGUCUCCUCGACGCCACCACUGACUACCGCUGCAAGGUCAUCAAGUACCUCGACGACAUUGUACUGAUGGGUCCCGCGGAGGACGUGGCGGCCGACGUCGAGAUUGUCAAGGCUAGUGCAGAGUCUGCUGGCCUUCAUUUGCAGCCCAGUAAGAGCCGCCUCUACAUGCCUCGCCACCAUCCCGCUUCCAUCGCUGCUAUCAAGUCUGUCUUGCCAGAUGCCGUGCGCGAGACGGCCAACACGGGCAUGACGGUCUUGGGAACGCCGAUUGGCCGUCGCGAGUGGAUGAAGAAGCAGCUGAACGACAAGGCAAAGCACAUUGCUGGCAGGCUCAAUGACAUGCUGACGACCGGUGUCUCGCUUCAGGCCCUCCUCACGGCCAUGCAGUACGUGCCUAGCCUCAUCAACCACCUCUACACGCUGCCCCCAAGUCUCACGUCGGGCUUGUCCGAGCUCUUGAACCGUGCUUGCAAGGACACCUUUGUCAAAGCCUUUUUUGCCAAGGUAAACCUGUCUGCACCAGCUGGAGCUGAAGGUCAUGACGUUACGCUGGAACAGCUCCUGGAGGCUCGCAUCUUCACGCGGGCCAACACCGGGGGCUUUGGCCUGCACGACUUGGUUGAGCGCGGUCCGGUGGCUUAUGUCUGCAACAUGGCCAAGCUGGCCACUCGCUACCCUCGGGUCUACGAUCGACUCUUGGAGGAUGCAUCGAGGGCUGCCGACUUUGAGGCCCACGUGCAGCGAGCUGGCUUCCAGAUGGCCACGAGCUGCCGCAUCGACCUGCACUGCCGCAACCCCUUUCCCGGCGGUGCUCUGGGCCCAGCUCUACCCGACCUGGGCAUUGACGUGACUGUGCGCACAGCCCAACCCCCGACCACCUCGCAAGCCUGCAUCAAGGUGGGCGCUGCCCUUCGCCGAGCCGAAAAGGAGAAGCGCGACUACUACACCGGUUUCAACCAUGGAAAAACUCUGAUCGUCCCUGCGGCGAUGACGACAACCGGUGGGUUCGCCUCCUCCUUUGUGGAUCUGCUUGGUCAGCUCGCCCGCUGCGCCGAGGCCCGUGGUGUGUACCAGCCGGGGCUGGAUGAGGCCUUUGUUCCUCGGUGGAAGGGUCGCUUUGCGGCGCUGGUCCAUCAGAUGAACGCUGACCACAUCCAGCGCCACUUUGGCGGUGUCUGCCUGCGCUCGUCGUAG